UACUUUCGUGUUCCUCCGAGUACGGGGUAGUAGUUCUUAUCCGACGGUUUUAUCAUUUAUUUCAAUUUUAUUUUGAGAACUAAAUUAACAACGUGUCAUUUUAACACCCAUCGGUUUUUAUUUGUACGACGAUAUCGCGUGUUUUGUGCUACAUUCAGCAGCAGUAAGUUGCAGGUUUCGACACCGGGCUGAUGUCCGGCCUUCCCUUGUUCAUGGCCGGCCGCCAUCUUGGAUUUUAAUGUUUUUACUGUAGCUAAGUUAGAUAUAUCUUUAGCAUUAUUUCUUAGGGGUUUAAUUACUUCAAAAUUGGAUCACAUCACAAGAUUCAGGUCUGAUUCGCCAUGGCAGCCAUUGACUAACACAGAGACUCGAUGCGACUGACGCGGGCGCUCUGCGGGUAUGAAGUGGAUGGGAGAAUCCAAGAAGAACAUGGUAGUAAAUGGCAGACGACAUGGCAGCAGGUUCAGCGACCAGCCGGGGAGCCAAAGCCGCGCUCAGCAUCCGCGUCACAGCAAGAGCUCGCUCAGCAGCCGGAGAUGCAGCCGCCGUUUCAACGGUGGUUCGAUGGAGGCAGAAAGGCGUCAUGUCCCGUCGUCAGGAAUGACCGCUAAGGAGCUGUGUGAGAACGAUGACCUGACCACCAGCCUUAUCCUCGAUCCAUACCUCGGCUUCCAGACCCAUAAAAUGAACACCAGAUUUCGACCCAUUAAAGGAAGACAAGACGAGCUGAAGGAGAUUCUAGAGAGUUUUAAGAAAGACAACGACCUCGAGAAAGCUUUCGAAGCUUUAACUUGUGGAGAUUCCUCCAGGAAUCAUCUUCUGUCCAAGACGAAGGCUCAGGAGAAACUCUUUAAGCAGCAUGUCUUUGUUUAUCUGCGAUUGUUUGCGAGUGACAGCGGGUUUGAGAUUUUGCCCUGCAACCGAUAUUCAUCCGAGCAAAACGGAGCCAAAAUAGUCGCGACGAAAGAAUGGAAGAGGAACGAUAAGAUCGAGCACCUGGUGGGAUGCAUUGCCGAGCUGUCGGCUAGCGAGGAGAACAUGCUAUUACGCCACGGGGAGAACGACUUCAGCGUCAUGUACUCCACCCGCAAGAACUGCGCUCAGCUCUGGCUCGGACCCGCUGCUUUCAUCAACCACGACUGUAGGCCGAAUUGCAAGUUUGUAUCGACGGGGCGUGACACUGCUUGCGUCAAAGUUCUCAGAGAUAUCGAACCCGGUGAGGAAAUCUCCUGUUAUUAUGGCGACGGCUUCUUCGGGGAAAACAACGAGUUUUGUGAAUGCUACACGUGUGAAAGACGUGGCACUGGUGCUUUCAAAUCAAAACUAGGACUUCCUGUGGCGGUUCCUGUUAUCAAUAGCAAAUACGGCUUGAGAGAGACCGACCGGCGACUCAACAGGCUCAAGAAGCUGGGAGAAGGGAGUCAGAACUCCGACGUCCAUUCUGUCAGCUCACACACCGAUGCAGACACUCAGGAUUCACCAAAAACACAUUCAUCGUCUAGGAAAAGAACUCCGGCUAGCACGAGGUUAAGUAAAACCAGGAGUCACGACGGACGGUCUCUCUCAAGAGCUUACACAUCUACCUCACCUUCCAAACAAAGUCAAGCUAAUAACAGGGUACCAAAGAAACCGAAACCCUCCAAGCCUUCGCUGACGAAUGUCAGGUUACGGAGCCAGAGCCGAGGGUCGGAUGCGAGGAGCUCCGCCAAGGAGCCGAGAGCCGCUCUGUGCAGAGACGUCCGUGUUAAAAAGGAAAAGGAGCCGGUUAGGACUCUUAACUCGGCGGGAUCUAGAGACUGUCUGGUACAGCACAUCGCGAAGGAAAACAAUCAGCCGUCGUUAAAGCGUCCCGCGGAAUCUGAGAGUUGCACUUACAGGACUCGAAGGUCAACGAGGACGUCCAAUAAGGCACAGGACGUCGAGGGCGUCAACGGUGAACGAAGCACUUUUGUAGGCCAAAACCCAGUCAUUAAAACGGAGCCGGCCGACAUGGACGAGUACCUCUCUCACGGCACGGGUUUGAACGGAAACACGCCGGACGACUUGUACAUCGGGAGAGAUUCUAACUCACAGCAUCAUCGAUUUAAUCAGCUCCAGUUAGACAGGAGGAUAAAAAGUGAGGACGAGCCGACGGAACCUUUUACUCAGCGGUUUAUGCAAAGUCCAAGCGUCAAAGACGUGCUCCUGGGGUUUCCCGAAAGACCCCGGCAUUGCGGCUCUUCUAGGAAGGACAAGUCUAAAGCAAGCAGUCGGAGUUCAGGAAAAGCGAGGAAGAAGCACAGAAUCCCACACUACGACGCAGUGAUUCUGGACAGCAGCACCGGGAUUCCCAAACUGACCCUGCGCAGACGUCGGGACAGCGGCGAGACCAGGCAAGCUCAUGCCAACUCUUCUUUCAGGAAAGAACGAAAGCUGGACGAGGGAGGCUCUUACAAAGCCAGGUUCAACAACGGCUACAGUUCCACGUCUCGAUCCGGUUCCAGCAAACCGAAGUUCCAGCUGAAACACGAGGACGGCGAGCGCCUGGUCUCGCAGACGUGUCUCAACGGCAAUCACAGGAGCAACCGCGUGGAGCAGCAGCCUUCGUCAGAGGAGGACGAUGAUGACGACGAGGACGAUUACGGGGACGAUUUCAUCCCGCUUCCACCAGCAAAACGCCUCCGGCUCAUUCUUGGCAAAGAUUCCAUAGACAUCGAUAUCUCCUCCAGGAGGAGAGAGGAUCAGUCGUUGAGGCUCAGCGCAUAAGCUCAGCUUCAGACUCAUGUACAUAAACACCAGGUCGACUCUGAUCAUGUCACUGAAAAGAAAAAAAAAAAGCAGAAUGAAAUGAAUAACUUGAGCUUUUUUUAUUUUAUUUUUUAGAAAUGUAAUCUCUCUCCAGUGUAUCUGUAGUCCGUGUGUGAUUACUGUAAAUAGAAAAUUCCCUCAAUUGAGAAAACAAUCAACUUAAAAUUGAGGUCUGUGGGCUGAGGAUGUCAGGUUUAAAAUGAUUGCGUGACAUCAAGUGAAUCCACGAGCAGAAACACUAAAGGCGCGACGCUGAAGAGUUUACGAGAAUAAAAUUCGAGUAGAAACGCCAAUUCAUGCAAGUUAAAGAUGUGCAUUGAAAUUUUUAAUUUCACAAAUAUUGGUUUUGUGAAGCAGUAGGAAACUAGGGCCUUAGAACACCAUUCUAGUGCUUAGCGAGAAAACGUUCUGUUCACUGACACGCCACAGGGAGAGUUGUGCCGAAAUAAUUCUCUCUCUGCAGCAUCUUCGUAAAGAUAGAGAAUCUGACCAAAGAGUGAUAAAACUUGAGCGAUAGAGUCAAAAGUUUUGUGCAGGAUCAUUACACAAUCAGCACCGCACAACUUUACAGCUCAUUUUGUACACAAGCACAAAUAAUAAUUCCAUAUAAAAAUCAGUUCUGUAACAAAGACAGAACUGUAUCGUUCUCAAACUACUUUUAAUGGUUUGUAAAACCACUGAAUGUAAAAUCGGUGAUUUUUAUAAACAAAUUAACAGUCGUAUAAAUGUAGGAAAGCGAAAGCAAGCAGCUUAGAUGAUAAAAUCUAAACAACCGGAAACUAUGGCAUUAGCAUUGUGCAUGGGCGCAAGGUUUGUUUAUAAGUAUUCAAUUGUAUUUUUAACAGUAAAAUUGGCCCUUUAAAAAAAAAUAUAUGUAUAUAUAUACAAUUUUUACCUGACAAAAUAAGUUAGGUAAAAUUGGCGGAAUUUAGCUGGAACUUUUACAGUAGUUGUGAUUCAGAUCCGGUGUGACGCCACAUCCAAUGCUUUCUGAGUGGGAGGGGCUACCACCACAGCCAAUCCCAGUCUUCUUUCAGGUAUGUAUGUGAAAGAGGCGGAUGGCGCUUGAUGUCUUGUUCCGCUGCAUAUGCUCAUAUAAAAAAAUGACUCGCAAAAGCCUUCUCUGAAAAAAUAUGUUCAGUUUGUAAAUUAAUAAUUUCUUAACCGAAGUCAUAGUAUACCCUCAUGACCCGCGAGACUAUUCGCGCGAGCAAAUCCUGCGAUAAAUUGUAUAAAAUGUUCUGGCUGUAGUAAUCUCAUACACGCUACAGAUACAUGAGAGAGAGAGAGAAAUUGGAGUGGAAUAUUUCUUCACUUAAGUUUUGUAUAUUGUUAAAAUGCACUUAGGUCGCUCUUGUAAAUAUUUUGUACAGUUAAGGUGUACCUGCGUGACAUCGGUGCGAUGUCCUUUUUAAACGUGUGCUCUGCUGGAAUCAGUGGAAGAAUCCAAUCUGAUGAGCUGUUAGCGCCAUUGGGACUUUUUUUUUUCUCCUUUCUUUCUUCUUCUCAUUCUUUUCACACGUGGAUACACUCCAAUACGCAGUCGUACCGGAAACGUAUCCACAGAGCACAGAACAGAUUUAUUUUUUUUUGUUACGCAAUUGGUGCUGAUUCUCUACGCCGUAGCGUCCGAAUGAACAGGUGAUCAUGACGUAGGAUUUGUGAAGUGGCAGACUUCCAUGCCAUAGGUGCUCAUACGUUGGGACUUCUGUGAAUUUCUCAUCACCAGGUAACAUUCCACACACGCUGAGGGUUUUUUAUUUUUUUUCUGUUUGUUUUUGUUUAUUUUUAUUAAGUGAUGUAACAGCAGUCAAACUCCUCGUUAUACUCCGCUGGACGUCUGCAUGUUCAGCUCUUAAACGCACCUUCGAGUGCGUUAUAAACCGAGCGUGCUUUUUUUUAAAGAUUCCUUCACGUACGGCAUUAUCUUUUUGUCAAACAUUUAUCGGCGAAUUACCGAGCAUGAUUAGUGAGCUCUAACGAUCAUGUUCUCAUCGAUACCUCUCUCUCUCUCUUUCUGUCAACGUUAAACCUAAUCAUAGCACUAAUCAUUGUUAAUUCGUUACUUUUUAAACAGAAGACUAGUUAACUAGAAUGUAUUUAAAAGGAAAAAAGUCUCAAUGACUUAAAUUCAUCCUUCUUCUUCUUCUUUUUUUAUUACCCCCUCUGCUGUCUGUCUAUCAUCUAUAACAUACCCAGAUAAAGUGUGCCGUUAAAGGAAAAUAAUCAACCACAAGGUGGCGUCAAGCAGCCCAGCAAACGAGAAGCGGAAUUACGGGUACAAUGAAAAAGUGGAUUAUUUUCCUUUAACGUCACUUCGCGAAAUGUUUUUUCCUUCUCUUAUACCACAGCAAACAUAACGUUUAAUUCCUAAAGAAGAUUAAUACGUUGAAUACAUUGAAAAAAAAAAAACAGUUUAUAUUUAAUUUAAUGUGAAAGAAGCUAGUUCCUGUUUUUGCUUAUGUUAUAGCAGCUAUAAACGCACAUUCUUUUCACCGGCUUCGUGUUUUUUUUCUCUCUACUCCUAAAAAAUUCACAUUACUGGACAACCACAAAGCAAACAUUUUCUGUCCUGAAGAAGUGAGAAAAAUUACACAUUAUUACAAAGCAUCGAAACUGAAGACCCAUUCCAUAAAUGUUAUGUAAUAGUGUCAUUACAGAUCAAUCGAUAUACAUAAAAAAAUUUGCUUCUUAUUAUAAUAGAAAUCCCUAUGAAUAAAACCUGCAGCCGAUUACUCUGAAAACGAAUCCGUACCUCUCGACCAAUCAGAAUCCAGGGUCGAACAGCGCUGUGGUUUAAGAGAGAUUAGAAGAGAACCUGUUCCUCCGAUAGCACAAAGCGUCUUGUAUCUCGCGUUCCUCUCUGCUGGUCGAUGCUAUAAAACAUAUCACGAGAUGAACGUUAAAGCUCCGUAUCACCAGCAGAACUUCAUCCCGUCUUCCCGCUAAACUGCUUCCUUCCACCAACAUCACCUCACACAUUAUCCUCUGUUUCUGCACCGUUUCUGAUCUCUGAUAAGAUUCCAGCUCUGAAGCUCUGACUCUAAGUGUGUAUAGUUGUUUAUAAGGGUAUGGGGUAGAAUUUAAACAGAAAAGCAAAUGUGGCAAAUGUGCAAAAGUUGCCUACUAUUUAAGAGUCCUUUUUAUUUAACAGGUUUUUGAAUACUUGAAAUGAAGAUAAAGUCCCGUCGGGGAAACUGAGACCA